GUGUGUGUGUGUAGCCGCCUUGCACACAUUUGCAAAGUAGACUGCCUUAUGAUAAGAGCGACAAAGAAUUGGAAUCUAUUUAAAUCCCUUAGCUAUAGAUUAGACGCGUAAUACUCAUUAUAAUGUAAUAUAGAUGUAUAAUUGUCCAAUUACAUUAUCAGAAAACUCCUGAUUAAUUUACACAGUUGAUUAUAUCCACAUGUUUCCGACAGAUCACACAUACCGUACUACUAGCGAUGAGCGACGCUGCGGACAUAGACUACUUCGCGUUAGGACUCGAGGACUUCGACGAAUCAGCCAGACUGCUCGAGGACGAUUUCUUCCCAAGGGAGCCACUCAGCAUCGGAACACACUUGGUCACUUCAGCAUCGACUGGAAAGAUCGGAAGGAAACUGAGGGAAUGUCUUGCCUCCGGAGUGUCCUUCGGUGCCAGGGACGUCAAGACAAGAUCCUUGGUGGCGGUCCGGUUGUCUUAUACGGCGACGAAGGAGCAUUCCGCUGACGAAGAUCCUGUUGAUGAGGAGAAAAGUGAAUAUGAGAUUAAAGUAUCUGGACUGAUAGAAGAAGUAGCAUCCAAAGUUGAUGUAUUCCAAGAUCACGAUGUAAACAAGGUACUUUAUAUGUACAUGUUAUGUGUUCGGAGGAACUACGGAGGCCGCGGCAUUGGGAAGAAACUAGUUCGGAUGACCAUGGAGCGUGGAAAGGACCUGGGCUGCCAGCUGGCGUUCACGACGAUCACCAACGUGCUCUCGGGCCGCAUCUUCGCCGGCCUGGGCUACGAGACCCGCUACACGCUGGACAUGUCCACGCCGGAGGGCGACAGGGGGAUGGACCUCGCGGCCAUGGACGGCAACAGGACGGUGCGCAUCAUGACAAUACGCCUAUAAUGAAACAAGACUGCUCAACUGGAGUAGAAAAAACGAUGUCCUCCAGAGUUUGCCAUCCAAAAUGACGCUUGCAAAAAAUAGUCUCAUGUGUUUCUAUGUGUGUGUGUGUGUGUGUGUGUGUGUGUGUGUGUGUGUGUGUGUGU